GCGGGCUAGUGCUAUUAUUUAGUAGGAGCAAAGCGUCUUUGUUUUGUUGAGUACUUGUAAUUGAGCAUCUAUUCAAGGCAUUUAAAGUUCAUGCACUGCAAAGGAAGACCAAAAGAGAUAUGAGGUCUCAAUAUGUAGGUGACUCACGGAGAUACACCUAUCUUGGACUCCUGAGUGCUGGGAUUAAAGCAAGAAGGCUCACUUUGUGCUCAGCAUUGCCUGAAUAAUCUAUUGCAAGGGGAAUAUUUUAGCCCUGUGGAGCUAUCCUCUAUUGCACACCAGCUUGAUGAAGAAGAAAGGAUGAGAAUGGCAGAAGGAGGAGUUACCAGUGAAGACUACCGCACAUUUUUACAGCAGCCUUCUGGAAAUAUGGACGACAGCGGCUUUUUCUCUAUUCAGGUUAUAAGCAAUGCCUUGAAAGUUUGGGGUUUAGAACUAAUCCUAUUCAACAGUCCAGAGUACCAGAGGCUCAGAAUUGAUCCUAUAAAUGAAAGAUCCUUUAUAUGCAAUUAUAAAGAACACUGGUUUACAGUUAGAAAAUUAGGAAAACAGUGGUUUAACUUGAAUUCUCUCCUGACGGGUCCAGAAUUAAUAUCAGAUACGUACCUCGCACUAUUCUUGGCUCAAUUACAGCAAGAAGGUUAUUCUAUAUUUGUUGUUAAGGGGGAUCUGCCAGACUGCGAAGCUGACCAACUUUUGCAGAUGAUCAAGGUCCAACAGAUGCAUCGACCAAAACUUAUUGGAGAAGAAUUGGUGCAACUGAAAGAACAGAGUGUUCUUAAAGCAGAUCUGGAACGAGUCCUAGAGGCGGCUGACGGGGCUGGGGUGUUGGAUGAAGAUGAGGAUGAUUUGCAGAGGGCUCUCGCGAUAAGUCGCCAGGAAAUUGACAUGGAGGAUGAAGAAGCUGAUCUCCGCAGGGCCAUUCAGCUCAGUAUGCAAGGUAGUUCCAGAAAUAUGUCUCAAGAUAGUCCACAGACGUCAAGUACCAAUCUUACUUCAGAAGAGCUGCGGAAGAGGAGAGAAGCCUACUUUGAAAAGCAACAACAGCAUCAACAUCAGCAGGAGAUAGACCAACCUAGGCAGCUUUCUUACCCUUGUGAAAGACCGACCACAAGUACAGGAGGACUUGGGAACAACCAAGCAGGUGAUGAUGCGAGAGAAGAAGACAUGCUUCGGGCAGCUGUGACCAUGUCUUUAGAAACUGCUAAAGAUAAUUUGAAAGCGGAAAGAAAAAAAUAAUACCUUUAAAAUCAUUUUGCUACUCUUGCUUUCUAACAUUGUCUGUGUGAUUACAGUGUAAAGUCCAUUUUGGCAGCGGGUCCCUGGAAGAGAUGCGACCCUUCGGUGCUUUACAAGCAAAGGAUAGAAAGCCAGAAACGUGUCAUAGGACUGAGUACUGAUCAGACUAGCCAAAGAGCAGUCAGCAGCUAAAGAAAUUUAAGGUAGUUUUCUAAGUGUCCCUUUUUGUUUUUCAAGUGUGCAAUAUCUAACUGAAAUUAGGGAGUUUUUCUUGGCUCUUUGUGGACCAACUAAUUAGCUCUUGCAUUGGACUUGAUCUUGAAUUUUGUUUUUAUUUUCUCUCUGCAUUGGAAGUGGCUUGGCUCACUUGAACUUCUGUUUCAUAUUAGGCCAACUUUCUAUGGAAAUGUCUCUUGUCUGUCUUGUUACAGAAAGCUAACGCUGUCAUCGUGUGUGUGUGUGUGUGUGUGUGUGUGUGUGUGUGUGUGUGUGUGUGUGUGUGUAGGGCACGCGGAUGCUUCCUUGGGGUAUUCUGGUUUUGGUUGUUUCCCCACAACUCAACAUGGCAAUCUGUCCUGAGCUUUGUCUUUUGUUUUUUUUUCGAGACAGGGUUUCUCUGUGGUU